GUGGACAGAGGCUUGAGGACCGGGAGCCCCUCGCUCUGCGCACGACGCGCCUCAGGGAGCGCUUUAAACUUCGCGACGGCUUAAAUUGAGGAAAGGAGGCGUAGGUCUGUGGCCUUUUUUGCGAGGGCCAAGAGUGGUAAACUGGUUUGAGCCGCUUCAAGAGACAAACCAACCGUCACUCCUGUCUAGCGCUUUGCUGGAGAGAGGCCGCGACACGGUUUCCUGGUCGCCGCGGGGUCCUCAGCUCCAGCUGAUCUUUCCCCUACAGCCUGAUGGAGCAAGAGAAGGAGGAGGCGAACUCCAGGAAGAGGAAGGAGGCCCCGAACUCCUCGGCCUCGGCUACAGAGCGGGAUGGACCUCCUUCGCAUAUUCAGGACCGCGAGCCACAAGCCAAGAAAGCUCGCUUAUCUACCAUUUUAUUUACUGACAACUGUGAAGUAACCCAUAGACAGCUGUGUGAGUUGCUGAAGUAUGCAGUUCUGGGUAAAUCUGCUGUUCCUAAACCCAGCUGGUGCCAGCUUUCACACCAAAAACAACUAAACAACGUGGUGGUUUUUAUUCUGAAGGGAAUGAGUCAGCUACAUUUCUACAGGUUCUAUUUGGAAUUCAGAUUUCUCCGAAAGACAUUCAGACAUAAAUUCAGCUUGCCUUCUCCAACAUCUAGUUUUCUAUUUGAUAUCAUUGGGCUGCAGAAGAAAAAAUCAGCUAGAAGUUUUCGUAGGACUGUCGAAGGACCUCUAAUUUCUGCCACUUUAAGAUCCAGCAUCGACCUACAGAAUGACCCCAUCAUUCAAAAGUAUGGCUAUAAGAACGUGGGCUUGACUAAAUGCCUUCUGACAAAGGAAGAAAUGAAAACAUUUCACUUCCCCUUACCAGGGUCUCCUAACUAUGAAAACUUUAUCCUUACCAAGUAUACUGGUUUCAUAACAGAUAGCAGUCCCCUCUUUGGACUUGACUGUGAAGUGUGCCUUACAUCCAUGGGGAAAGAACUAACACGCAUCUCACUGGUUACUGAAGGAGGCUACUGUCUUAUAGAUGAACUUGUCAAGCCUGAUCUCAAGAUUCUGGAUUACCUUACCAGUUUUACAGGAAUCACGAAGGAGAUUCUUAACCCAGUGACAACAAAACUCAAAGAUGUACAGAAGCUGUUAAGAGAACUGCUUCCUCCUGAUGCUGUGUUAGUGGGCCAUUGCCUAGACUUGGAUCUCAGAGUAUUAAAAAUGAUACAUCCAUAUGUUAUUGAUACCUCAUUGCUUUAUGCUGGAAAACAAGGCAGAAGAUUUAAGCUAACAUUCUUAGCCAGAGUUAUUUUGGGGAAGGAUAUUCAGUGUCCUAACAAGCUUGGCCGGGAUGGCAUAGAAGAUGCUAGAGCAGCUCUUGAGCUGCUUCAGUAUUUUCUUAAGUACGGGCCAAAGAAGAUUGCAGAGUUCAAUCUGGAGGCACUAGCAGCCAAUCAGGAGCAAGGAGACAAGGAAGAAGCUGCACAUAUGAGUGUUUUAAAAUGCCUGGAGUCAAUGGGUCAGAAACUCCUUUUCUUGACCCAGGAUAUAAAUGAGCUUUCUUCUUAUAGAAAUUGUCAAACUAUUAAAUGCUCUUCAAAUAAAAAGGUGCUUGAGCAGGCCAGGGUGGAAGUCCCUUUGUUCCCCUUCAAUAUUGUGGAGUUCUCUUUUCAGCCCUUUCCACCCCUCUUCGCUGAGGAGAUGAAAAACAGUAUGAAGACCAAGUGGACACAAAUGUCAACUGUCUAUGCUGGGCCAUUUAGCAAAGAUUGUAACGUCGGGGCUCUGAAGAAGGUGUUUAGUAGCUUGGGCCCAGUACACUCAAUCACUCUUGUUCUUGAAACUUACAGGCCUUACUUCUCUAUACAAUAUGAAGUCCUGGAAGCUGCUCAGCUGGCUCUAGAGACCAUGAAUGGCAGUCUAUUAGAAGGUUCCUGUAUCAGGGUGCGCAGGCUUGUGACUGAACUUACCCUUGAGUGUGACACCCUUGUAAGAGAGCUAGAGCAAGAUUCGGAGAACCAAGGUACUAUAUAUGUGGCUGGAAUUGGUGAAACCUUUAAAGAACACCUGUUGGAGCAGUCCAACCUCUUCCCUGACCUGGAAGCUGUGAUCCUGCCUAAAGAGGUUAAAAGCAGAAAGCAAAAAAACUACUGUUUCCUGAAGUUUAAAACUGUCAACAGUGCCCAGGUAGCCCUUGAAAUUCUCAAAGGCAAAGACUGGAAGUUGAAAGGCAGAAAUGCCCUAACCCCAAGGCACCUUCAGGCAUGGCUCAAGGACAUACAUCCUGAACCAGCAAUGCCUAUGGGGCUUCGAAUUGUACCUCCUCUCAUGGAGAGGCACAUCUUCAGGACUCGGAAGGUGAACCACCCAAAGAUAGUAGCUUGGCGUUGGAGCCGGAAGAUUGAAAAGCUCUACCACAGCCUGAGCCCAGGCACCUUCUGCCUCAUCCUGAUGCCAGGAACCAAGAAUGCUUUUGGGUCGCACCCUGGCCUAGGACUGAUGAAAAUAAAAGAGGAAGAAGAAAGUGAUACCCCAGGCGUGAGAGUGCUGGCUGACUCACCAGUGUUUGCUGCUCAGAUCCUGCUGCAGGAGGCCCAGCACCCGGGUGAGGUAAGAGGAUUUCCUGCCCUGCAUCUGACCCACCUACCCAGGCUGCUCACCCCACCCCCACUGGACAGAUGCUUCUGUACAGCAGCUCCCUCCAAAGCCUGGCGCCAAGGCCUGCAGGACUCCUUGCUGCUGAACCCCGGGCACCUGCACUGGUAUCACAUCUUGGAGCACCAACUUUACUUUACAAACCGUCUGGUUCUUACUGUGUCUGGUGUCUCUACAAAGCUGCAAGUUCCCUGAAGAACAAGACCCACUGUGCCCUGAAUCGGUUAGAAAGAAUACCUGGCAACAAUUCUCUCCUAAAAUGCCAACGAUCCAACCACUACAGAGCCUGUCCACCAGAAAAGGGUGGACUACACAUAACUCCCUGGAAUAAACUGGUGAGGGCAGGAUAUUUAAGGCCAAGAUUUCCUAGCUUACAAGAUUGCUUUUGCGUUUCAGAAGUCCCCUAUGAUGAUGCACAUUCCAUCCGAGAAAGUCAGUCCCUUGCUCAUACAUUUAAAACUGGAAAACUACAAAAUCUGUUUCUUCUUAAGCAGAAAUUAUCUUGUAUCUGUUUGCUUAAGUGCUGCUGUGGCAAUCAAAAGCUCUUCCAUUUAUGCAGAUUUUUGACAAGUACUAAGUGCUGGGGACCUUCUAAACUUGUUUGAAGCGGAGAAUUGUGUGCAAAUAAUAAAUAUGCAAAACAAAAAGGAGAGCUUGCGAUGAGUUUCUUACAAGGAGGAAAACCAUCUCUUUACAAAUGGGGAAAGGCGACUGGAAAGGCCCUCGCCUGUUGCGUAACUUUAUUAGCUUUCUGCUGGGUCAGGCAAUGACUGAGAGUUGCACACUUAGAAAACAAAUACUCUGAUAAAUUAAGCAACUCCAGUUUCUUGGCUAAGGAGAGUUCAAAGUCACAGUUAAGUCUUCAAUUAAUGAUUUGUCUAGUUUGAAACUGCCACAAAGGUUCAAGUUUCCAAACUCUUGAAAAUACUUAUUUUCAAUUCAUUUAUUUGUGUGUGUGCACCUUGUAGUGGUCAGAGGACAACUCCUUAGAGUAGCUGCUCUCCUUCUACCACAUGCUGGCAAGUGCCUGUACCCAUGGGCCCACAGACUCAUUUCAACUACCCCAGGCUUUAUCUUAGAAUGAAAAGAUUCUGCAGUAAAUGAUGCUAGAAACCAAAACAUACUAAUCCAAUGGCAAUUUCCCCAAAACAGAAGAAAAUGAACAACUGUCUCCAGCCUUGCAAAGGCUUGCUGUAGAGCAAGGACAACUGCUACAACUUCCUUCCAUUCCCUUUCAGAUUUAUCCAGACUCAACAGUUGUCACCUAUAAAUAAUGACUAACUUCCCCAGUAGGGAAUAGAGACUAUUUGAGAUAUUAAUCUCUAUACUCAAUAAGGUGGCCUUAUGAUUUCUUUUACAUUCAAGAAGAAAGGCAUAUUGCCUGAUAUGGAAUCCAAAUAAAUUAAAAUCUGCUCAAAGGACACUGUGAGAUUUUUUUAGUCCCCCUAAAAACUUACAUACAGCCUGGAGCAAAAGCCUUUUCCCUUUCCUAGCCAGCCCUAACACAAGUCACAACAUUUCAAAAGACAAGACAGUAGAAAUGACAAAAUCAAAAUUAUAUAAAAAAUUCAGACACAGUACUAGAUCUCACCACUGCUGGGAAACUUCCGAGUUUUCCAUUACGACAUCAUGCAGAGAGAGGGCUGGAGACACAGUUCAGGAAUAGGGUUCUUGUGAAUAGGGUUCUUAACAGCUUGGCUGUUAAGUGCACUUGAUAGCUAAUCUUGCUUGUAAAUGUGAUAUACCUGGAAGAGGGAAUCUCAAUUGAGAAACUGACUUUAUCAAAUUGACCUGUGGCAUUUUCUUGAUGGCUGACUGAUAUGGGAGGGCCCAGCUCAAUGUGGGUAAUGCCACUCCUGGGCAGUUUAAGAGAGAGAGAGAGAGAGAGAGAGAGAGAGAGAGAGAGAGAGAGAGAGAGAAUGAAUAUUAAUUAAUGGCAGAGAUUUUAAAAGAGCAAGAUCAUUUGCAAAAUACAGAUCAACAACCAAAGGCAGAUAAUAAAAGAUAAUAAGAGACAAGGAAAAAGUCUAGGGACGAUGGGUAAUUAUGGCUAAAACAACAAACAAAAUACAAACUACAUCUAAAUGCAGCUUUCUCAGCUUAUAUUAUUCCACAAAACUUUGAAUUCUCUUUGGGAGUUUAAGUAGAGUUGGAGGAUGGCAGCUCCCACAACGGGCUACCAUUGCUAUCACUAUUUACACGCCUCUUAAGAUCUACAUGGAAUUGUGAGAAUGAGGAAGGUAGAUUUUUUUUUAGCACUAUUUAAAAUUUUCAGUGCUUAAGUUUAUUUCAGGGCACAAGUCACAGUGUCCCUUUAAAGCAGUCACCAACAAGUAAUGUAGAGGUCACCUCUUAGAUGAGGCAGAGUCAAGACUUCUGAAACCUUGAGUCUGGUUGCCAGAUCCAUGGCCAAGUCUCUUGCCUUGGGUUCUAAACUCCUGCAACCUUAGGGAGCUCCAACAGUAGAGUGAACGACCUAUCAAUCCUGACAGUGAGGACCUGCUAAAAGUGAGGAGAACAUGACAGUGUUCACUUUUGCACUGUUUAAAAAUAAGGGUAUCACUUACUAAAAAUCUAUCAUUCUUAAAAUUGCAUAUAAUAUAUCGUAGGGGUUUGGCAAUGUCUUUAUUUUUAAUUCCAUCCAACCUACCCAUGGAUAUUUCUGUCAAACUUGUCAGAUUGCUUGAGUUAGACAAGUGAAGUCUUUAAAUCUGCACAAACGUGGACCUGUUCUAUAGUGCCAAUUCCACAAAGGCAUCAUGUAGUAAGAUGUGGCUCUGCACUGCUCACUAGGUCUUCCAUUACAAGCCAGCCAUUCCUAACCACCAUUAUUCCUUUACAUGUCCACUCAUCAGCUGGCAUUUUUCUUAAAAGUUAAAAUAAAAUAAAAUUUAAAAAGACCUGCUGGGAAGAAUGGAUACAGAAAAUGUGGUACAUUUACACAAUGGAGUACUAGUCAGCUAUUAAAAACAAUGGAUUUAUGAAAUUCUUGGACAAAUGGAUGUAUCUGGAUGAUAUCAUCCUUAGUGAGGUAACCCAAUCACAAAAGUCAUUAGAUAUGCACUCACUGAUAAGUGGAUAUUAGCCCAGAAACAUAGCACACCCAAGACACAAUUUGCAAACAAAACACAAGAAAAUCAAGAAGAGGGAAGACCAAUGGGUGGAUACUUCAUUCCUCCUUAGAAGAGGGAACAAAAUACCCAUGAAAGUUACAGAGACAAAGUUUGGAGCUAAGAUGAAAGGAUGGACUUUCCAGAGACUACCCCACCCGGGGAUCCAUCCCAUAAUCAGCCAUCAAACCCAGACACUAUUGCAUAUGCCAGAAAGAUUUUGCUGAAGGGACCCUGUUAUAACUGUCUCGUAUGAGGCUAUGCCAGUGCCUGGCAAAUACAGAAGUGGAUGCUCACAGUCAUCUAUAAGAUGGAACACAGGGCCCCCAAUGGAGAAGCUAGAGAAAGCACCCAAGGAGCUGAAGAGGUCUGCAACCUUAUAGGUGGAACAACAAUAUGAACUAACCAGUACCCCCAGAGCUCAUAUCUCUAGCUGCAUACGUAGCAGAAGAUGGCCUAGUUGUCUAUCACUGGGAAGAGAGGCCCCUUGGUAUUGCAAACUCUAUAUGCCCCAGUACAGGGGAAUGCCAGGGGAGCAGGGCGGAGGGAGGGUAUAGGGAAAUUUCAGGAUAACAUUUGAAAUGUAUAUAAAGAAAAUAUCUAAUAAAUAAAUAAAUAAAGACCUGCUGGGCAUAGUGGUAUACUUGUGAGACAGAGACAAGUGGAUCUAUGAAUUUGAAGCCAGGCUGGUUUAUCCAUAUAGUGAGUUUUACCCAAGCCAAUCAAAAUAUGCCUUCUAUUGUUCCACAGAAAUUUGAGCUUUAUUUGGUGGUUUUAUUGGGGUUGUGGCAUAGCACCUGUCUUAAAACAACUUUUUUUUAGAUCAUUCUUAGCACCAUUAUCUAUGCAGUCAGAAGUGUUGUCUGCUAGUUACAUCUUCAUAUUUUACAUUAAGGAGAACUGAUACAUGAAAAGCAUUCACCAUGUACUCCCCACAUUUAUCAGCCGUUCAGAAAGGACACUCGUACACUCAUCUCAACAACAAAUAUAAAUAGAACCAGGGCCCUGGAGAGGACUCAGCAACGCUUGCCACCAAGCCUGAUGACCAGAGUUCAAUUCCUGUAACUCCUACGGUGGAAAGAAACAACCAUCUUCUUCCUCAAGCUGUCCUCAGGCCUUCACACAUGCACCCCACCACCACCACCACAUAAACACACACAAUAAAUGUGAAAAAAAAAAACUAAAAAAAGUCUAUCCAAAUCUAUACUUCUUCAAAACAGUAAUUAUUCCUAAAUCGUUUGCAUCCCAGUUAAAGACAGCAAACACAGAGGGAAUGCGGCCUACACAACAAAGACACAGCAACUAGUAGCAGAGUAUAGGCUAGCAAAGGGCACUACAUGUUCACCACUGGUCCCCUUGAAAAGGCUGUCUGGGAGUCUUAAGAGACCUGGCCUCAGUUGGCCUCAGUUCACCUGAAGUGAGCUUGAAGGAGGUCUGGGCUUUUCACUUUCCCCUACGAACAGCAGGCACAGCAUGGUACUUAGCAGCUGAUCUUCUCAGAUAAUGGAGUGGCUGACACAAAUCUGUUUCCAUCCAAAGUCUCAAGAAGGCUUGUCCAACUUACUGAACUUCAAGGCAUAUGGCCAAAGAUAAAGAUGUCCCUUGGUUUAACCUCAUAGUAUCUCUGUCCCUUUGUCCCCACUGCUACACUCAACACAGGCUCUGUAACAGCAGUUCUCAACCCAUGGGUCACAACCCCUUUAAGGAGUCAAAUAACCCUUUCACAGGGGUCACUUAUCAGAUAUCCUGCAGACCAUAUAUUUACAUUAUUACCAUUCCUGACACUAGCAAAAUUAAUUAUGAAAUAGCAACAAAAUAAUUUUAUGGGGGGGGGCCCACCACAACAAGAGGAACUGUAAUAAAGGUUGCACAGCAUUAAGAAAGUUGAAAGUUAUUUCUUUACAGGAUUUCAAGAGAAAGAUUUUUCCAUACCCAAUUUUUACACCAGCUUUGGAAACAGGUUGGAAGUUUCCAUUAGAGUCACCUGUGAAUUUAUUUCCCAGAUACCCAGAGGGCAGGUUUUAUUUUCAAGUGAUAACUGUGCAUCUAGCAAUGUUUGUAUAUUCUAUAGAAGGAGGUAAAAUUAUAUAGCCCCUUCUUGAGAACUGCAAUCUGGAUAAGCUUAACUAUGUAUGCCUUGUAGCUAAUGAUAACAAUAAUAAUAAUAGUACUUCCUUUGACACAUAUUAUAGGAUGUGUCAUAAAAACACUAUAAGGACACUAACAAUCCUUACAACUAUUUAAUGAAUUUCACUUUACACAUGAUAGACCUGAGGCUUAAAGAAAUGUAGCGCAUCCAAGUUCAAGUAGCAAGUAAAGUCCAGACUUAUGAUCAGUGUUAGCUCUAGCUAUGUGCUUUAACCAGUGAUUAUGAACUGUUCUGCUUGGCCUCAUACCAACUUUGGCAAUCUGUUCUAAUCCUCUGGCUCCUUCUCAGUCUCUGUCUUGUUCUGUCUCCGCCUGUUUCUGCCUUGUUCUCUCUCUGCACUCUAUCUCUGUACAACUGUCCCAGUAAAACUGCAUCUUUCCUCUUUCUCUUCCCUCGCUUUUCUGUGGUGCUCUUAAGUAGCCUCCUUUUCCUGUGAGAAUUAGACAUAUCCUAUCUGACUCAUUCUGUCAAAUCUUUCUCUGACUUGUCACUCUGUCUGCCACUCAAUUAGACAUCUCUUUAAAAUAUAACUGCCUCCUUCUACAAACUAACCUUAUCUACAUUGUUUGGAAUUAAGACUGUAUAUUAAGGGCUUAUCUAUAUUACAGCCAGAGGGAUUAAAGGUGUGUACUAAGGCCUGAGCCACACCACAACUUGAAACAGGUUUUUUCAGUAACACAACCUCAGGAUUCACAGUGUGAUCAAAUAUCCUACAACAGGAAAAGACCCUUUGGACCACACCUGAGUUUUACAGUGUGAUUUCGGGGUAGGCCCUCAGAAGUUUCAAGGGAGGGGCUAGUCACAUCAGGAAAACUUAAGCACAGAAUUCAAUUCUAGGUGCUACUGUCUCAGAGAUGGGCAGUGAAAAAGAACUACAAUGAGCCAAUAACCACGUCUGUAUAAUGAACUCUCAAUUAAUUCUAAAUCAAAGACCAUAGUGGCAUCUCUGACCAUAGUAACCAGGAAACACACGAACCACUCACACACACACACACACACACACACACACACACACACACACACCCAUCCCCACCACCACCAAAACACUAUAAAUCAAUGAGACCUCAAAAUUUUCAGAGAAUUUCCAAGUUGGUGAGCAGAGACUGGCUGGGAGUGAAUCUUCAAGUUGAUAGUGUGACUGGCCUGCCUGGACCCCAAGAAAUUAGAAUUUCCCUAGCAAUCUGAAAGGGGGUAAUACCUAUAGCUCUAGGGGCAGCAAGAGGGAAAAUGUUCAGGCAUAAAAGAAACUUGUCCUAGGUAAAAUUUACAGCUCUUCAUUUGACUGGAGUGUGAGGAGGAGGGGAUCUCUGUUGCACUGUACAAAUCUCUGGCCUUCUAUUUAAGUAAAGUUUACCUUAUAAUCAAAACCAACUGGCUACAGGUGGCGGAGUGAGUUUCGUGGAUCUCUUUGUCUCUCUCCCCAAUGUGGCUACAUUGAAUCUCUCUCUUUUUUUCUUUCACUAUGAAUUUUGAUCCUUUAAUCAGUUUAUUGGCUUGGCAGAAGAUGUGUUGAGUCCAGAAAUGGUGGCACACAUCUAGAGAGAACAAUAGUUCCUGCACUUACAACUCAUCAUUUGCCCUUGUAUCAAUGCAGCUGGUUUCCAACACCUGGGCUCAAGCCAUCCUCCUGCCUCAGUCUCCUAAGAGAACUACAUACAUGACCAAAGCAUCUGCCUCUUUUGGAGGCUGAGGGAUCCAUAGGUUCAACCCACGGCUUUACAUAUGUUGGAGAAGCACUAUACAAACUAUUCCCGGUGCCAAUUAAGGCAAAAUAGACAAUAAAAGUUAAAGGAAUACAGAGGAGAAAAAGAGCUCCCCAAAAUAAAUAAGCAGGCUUGGUGGUACUUGUCUGGAAUCCCACACUCCUGAGACAAGAGGCAGGAGUAUUUCUGUGUGUUCGAAGCCAGCCAGAUCUACAUAGUGAGUUCCAGGACAGAAAAGGCUAUGUGGAGAGACCAUGCCUGAAAAAGCCAAAAUAAUAAUAAAUAUCUUACAAACUAGAUUAGAAACUACACUAAAGUAAAAACAUGUCUUGACUCUGGCCCUUUUUAUUUUAGUAUGCAUACUGAAUACCCUAAGUCCCUGUGGAGGUCAGAAAAAGACAUGGGAUCCCCAGAAUUGAAGUUACAGUUGUGAGCUGCUAUGUAUGUGCUGGGAACUGACCCCUGGUUCUCUACAGAAACAAGUGCUCUUAAGCACUGAGCCACCCCUCCAGCCCUGACUGCUCUAAGCACUGAGCCACCCCUCCAGCCCUGACUGCUCUAAGCACUGAGCCACCCCUCCAGCCCUGACUGCUCUAAGCACUGAGCCACCCCUCCAGCCCUGACUGGCUUUUUUCAACCUGUUCUGCCAUUGCUGUUUUCAUUUUUUUCUUUUACAUGGAUGUGUUUUGCCUUAAAUGCAUGUAUGAGCACAUGUGUGCCUAGAGCCCAAAGAGGCCAAAAGAAGGUAUCAGAUAAAGUGGAAAUGGAGUUAUGAACAGUUGUAAGUGGACGGAAUCCAUGUGGGUCCUCCAGAAGAACAACAAGUGCCCUUAACUGCAAGCUUGGCUAGAAAUGAGUAUACCAAACAGUUUUACUUAACUUUAACAUUUUUUCAACAAUGUAAUUCAAAAGCACCAAAUCAUAUGGAGACGCUUCAGGGAGAUUCUCAAGUUCAUAGCCACACUUGGGUGUGUACUGUCUUCCUCCCUCAAUGCCUAGUAUUAAAGUCUGUUAGUAAUCUAGCUCUGCUUGAUACAAACUUGUCCUGAAAUUAUUUUCUCCAGCACUUGGUUCCAGCUGACAAGAGACCCCUCAGCUAUUGGAAGCAGGAUGGGGCUGUAUCUACUGUUCCUGCUGCCACUGCUGUUACAAACAAAACUCGUGUCCUAAAUAUCACGCAGCACUUGAGUUCUAUGAAUCGUGCUAGUAUAAUAUCAAACCUGACAGGCUGUGAAGACCUCUGAACUUGUAAUCUACAAGAAGUUAAGCUAACUCAUGAAUGCCCACAGUUAGCAUCUAAGUGGCACAAUCCUGUAAGACUGAGUCACUGGCAUGUGGGCUCUGUGCUAAUUCCAGACAACAUCAGAGCUGAGUUGCUGGACACUCAGUUGCUGCCAGAAAACUGUUGGAACAAUGUGAUUGGUAACCUCAGAAACAGAUGCACACAUUAAAACCAACUUCCCCAAUGUUCAGAAGACACUUUACUGCUUAAUGUAAUCACAGAAUCUAUGCCUGUCACAAACUCGUAGGAAAUCAGAGCCUUGGGAAUCCACAAGUACCUGAUAAGUAAAAACCUUUCAGGAAAAAACAAAAAAAAAAAAAAAAAAAAAAAAAAACCAAAAACCUAGAGUUGAAAGAUGGCUCAGUAGUUAAGAGCACGUACUGCUCUUCCACAGGACCCGAGUUCAGUUCCAGCACCCACACUGGGGUACUCAUAGCUACCUGUUACCUCUAGCUCCAGGGGAUCAGAUGCUCUCUUCUGAUCUCCAUGGGUGUAUGCGUGUGCUUGUGUGUAUGUGUAGACACACACACAUAAAUGAAAAUAAACCAUGAAGAGAUUGGGGGGUGGGGGGAGGGGUUCAACUAUUUGAACCUGCCAAAGAAAACAGGUUGUAGAAAUACAAAGUUUAAAACAAUUUUCUUCAAUAGUUUUGUCUGUUACCUCACAUUUGUGAUAGUUCCCAAGAGAAAGUCAGACAGAAACUAUCUCAAGAGUUCACAAGUAACUGUUGACAUAAGAGUAAACCCCACCUAGAGUCUUCUUCAUUAUCUACUCUAUCUACUCUAAGGAGCCCAAGCACAUUAUUUCUCAUCUCACCAGCUUCUGAUUUGUGGAACACAAGUCUUAAGUAACCAAAAGACAAAAAGAAAAAAAAAAAAAAAAA